AUGGCCGAGCCGGGGCCAGAGCCAGGGCGCGCCUGGCGGGUGCUCGCCCUGUGUGGGGCCGCAGUGUUCCUGGCGGCAGCAGCAGCUGGGGCAGCCCUGCUGGCCUGGAAUCUGGCCGCUGCGGCCUCCCGGGGGUCUCGCUGCCCAGAGCCAGAUCAGGGGGUCAACGCCACAGCGCCUCCGUGGGACAGGGUGCCCGAGGUCGAGGAGCUGCUGCGGCGGCUGGCAGAGGCCACCCAACGCGAAGAGGUUCUGACCAGGAAGCUAGACCAGGCUGAGGGUGUCCGUUGGGAGCUGGAGGAGGCACUGCGGGUCUGUGAGGGCCGCCAGAGCCAGCUUCAGACCCAGCUGAUGACACUGAAGACUGAGAUGGACGAGGCCAAAGCACAAGGGACCCAAAUGGGGGCCGAGAACGGGGCGCUGACAGGUGUGUUGGGGCGCAAGCGUGCUGGUCAGGUCUAG